UAAGGACCAUCAGCAGUUGGAUGACUGGAGAAGACAGACGUCCAGCUCAAGAAUAUCCAGACAGUGUACCAUGGCCUCUCUCUCUCUGUCCCUGGGACUGCUGGUGCUAUGCACCCUGGCUCUUGUACACUGUGACCUGGAUGACGUCCAAGUCAGGGUGUGGGGCCUUAGUGCUUCCAACCUGAAAGUAGACCUCCUCUCCCAGCCAGACCCUUACGUCAAGGUGUGGUAUGGCCCAGCCUUCGGUGGCAUGAGCAGCAUUCUGAAGAACCAGGCCAACCCCACCUGGCCCGAUGAGUUCAACUUCCUAGACAUGAUCCACAACUCUGUCCUGAAGCUGGAGGUGUGGGAUAAUAACGUCGGACCAGAUCACCGCCUGGGAACCUGCACCACCACCAUCCGCCCAGGAACACACACUGAGACCUGCCACCUGAAGAAAGGCACCGUCUACUACACCUACAGCUACGACUACAGUCACUAGAAGGAACAGAAUGAUGGUUAGAUUGUAACCUAUGACCUUUAUGACCUUGUGUCUGAUUGGUUCUCUUACCCCUUCUCUCGUGUAUUCACUUCCUUAGAGCAUCAAUUAAAACAACGUGCUUUACGGCAAGAUGGUCUCAGACUGGCUUCAUGUUUCUGAAUUGUUUUAGGAUUUCUCAGAAGAUGCAUUAGAAGAUGGUCUCAGUCUGGCUUUAUCAUGUUUCUGAAUUGUUUUAUGAUUUCUCAGAAGAUGCAUUAGAAGAUGGUCCAUAUCAUAUUAAAAUAGAUAAAUCAAUAUUUCUACUAGAUUUGAAACCAUUCAAUAUUUACCUUUUACAGUGUAACGACGUGGCCCUUUUGGGUAUAUAUUAUGCCCCCCCUUAGUCGCUCUCCCAUCCCAGGUUUUACAACGGUCAUAUAUUCCUGCUAGAAACUCUCUCUCUUCACUUCCAUGGAGUAUGGAGGGAGAGAGACCAUGGAGAACAAAGACUUUGUUCUUCCCAAAACUCUUUAAUUGGAGAAUUAAACAAUAUUUAUAUUUUUGAGAAUGUGGGAAUGGUCUGUGGACACUUCAGGGACAGUCAUGUCGAGUUUGUUUCAUGAAGGACAGGAAACACACAUUACUGUGUCUUUGGUUGUGUCCACUUCGCAAUUAUGGGGUUAGCAACUAAAUGUUGUGAAUCCUGUGCGAUCACAUAUUAAACUAUUCGUGAAAAGAUGAAAUGUGAUGUUAACCUUCUAAAUUAUAGUAUGGACUUUCAUAUCACGUUUAACUAGUCAGUGGCCAUGCCCCAGUGAGCCAGCCUUUACAUCAGGCGUCAUGGAACCACUCUUUUCUGGCUGGAACUCUGAAACGUUCAACAGAGAAGAAGUACUACUCGGCGCCAAAGAGACCCACAAGAAGCCGGACGUCUCGAAUGGUUAAGACGACCAAAAAACAUGAAGCUGUCACUACAUGUUAAAAUGGUUGCCAAUUUAAACUAGAGUCAGAGAACGCUGGGACGGAGUCCCCACGUUGAAAUGGCUACAACUCUAUAAACUAAAGAGCAAUUAUUCAGACUGCAGCUGUAUCUCUUCUAAGAACAGUUCUGAAUGGUACUCUGAAGUAUCCAUUAUAACAACUACGACAGACUGUGACUCCAAGCCAUCAUAUCGGUUUUGUCCGGUAGGGACUUUUCCUCUGUGUCAUGUAGUAACCCAUGUGUGAACUAAUUGUUUGUGUGUUUGUGUCAUGUUAUUCUGGGAUUGAUUAGUUAGUUAGUAAAUAAAUCAUUAAACCCAUUUGUAUAUCUCUGAUUCUAUGCUAGGGUUGGUGCAGACAUCCAAGGGUUUGCGACAUUCAGAACAUGACUGAUGAGGUGAUAAUACAUUAAUAAGUAACUGUAAUUGAUAAGAUAUGAACAUAUCUGAAGAGUUAUUUCGGGAAAUACAGACACUUAAAAUAUUUUCCCGUAAUGCACCGACUUCCUAGUUAAUUAAAGUUACAUGAUAAGUUUAAUCGCGUAAUAAAAUUACACAUAGAGAAUCGAUUUGAUAGAAAACAGUCACAUUUAAUGAUAGCCAACGACACAACAGUAUACAAUUAUCGUUGUCACGCCCUGGCCUUAGUUAUCUUUGUCUCCUUU